AACAUUGACACCUUAGAGCAUGUAGCAGGACUUCCUGCUGAGAAAACAGUCGAGGCUCAUGGUACUUUCCGAACCUCACACUGCAUUCAGUGCCGAAAAGAAUAUAGCCAAGAGUGGAUGAAGGAAGAAAUCUUCAAGGACAGCAUUCCAACUUGUACCGAAUGCAGUGGUUUUGUAAAGCCAGAUAUAGUCUUUUUCCGGGAGAACCUUCCAUCACGGUUUUUCCAGUUAAUGCAGGCUGACUUCCCAAAGUGUGAUCUUCUUGUCAUUCUUGGGACAUCCCUCACCGUUCAGCCAUUUGCAUCACUGAUUGAUAAUGUUCCACCAUCGUGUCCACGACUGCUCAUCAACCGAGAGAAGACUAGCCCCUUGGAUCCAAUGAUGGCAAUGCUCCAGGGAACAUUUUGUGGGUUUGGACUUGCUCUAGACUCGCCCAACAACAAACGUGAUGUGGCAAUGCUUGGUGACUGUGAUGAUGGAUGUAAAAGUUUGGCAGAGAUGCUUGGUUGGAAGGUUUGUAAUCCAGACAUAUUUCCUUGCUCCUGUAAAGCCUACUCUCAACAGUUUACUCUCUCGAGAAAUAGGUGAACCUCAGAUAAUAGG